AUGGUUGCUGCUGGGGCAUGGUUGGAUGAUAACACCAAACAAUUGGAAGCAACUAUUCACUAUCGGAAGCUUGUUUCGAUUGACAACCCUAAAAUUGGUGAAGUUAUUAAAUCUGGUGUUGUUCCUCGUUUGGUUGAAUUUCUACUUAGGGACGAUUUCCCUCAACUUCAGUUGGAGGCUGCUUGGGUACUCACAAACAUAGCAGCAGGACCUACUGAGAACACUAAGGUGGUAAUUGAUCAUGGGGCAGUGCCGAUAUUUGUCAAGCUACUUAGUUCAACUGAUGAUGAUGUUCGGGAACAGGCUGUAUGGGCAUUGAGUAACGUUGCCGGUGAUUCCCCUAGCUGCCGUGAUCUUGUUCUCAGUCUUGGUGCCCUGAUUCCGCUGUUGUCCCAGUUCAAUGAUCAAGCAACGUCUUCUAUGCUGAGAAUUGCCACGUGGACCCUGUCAAACUUUUGCAGGGGCAAGCCACAACCCCCAUUUGAGCUGGUGAGGCCAGCACUUCCUGCUCUCGCGCGUUUGGUUUUUUCCGAUGAUAUAGAAGUUUUGAAAUAUACAUGUUGGACACUAUCAUAUCUUUCUCAUGGAACAAAUGACAAAAUCCAAGCCGUGAUUGAGGCCGGUGUAUGUGGCAGACUGGUGGAGCUCCUUCGGCACCCAGCUCAUUCAGUAGUGAUUCCAGCACUUAGCGCGGUGGGAGAAAUUGCAACCGGAAACACCUUCCAGACUCAGGUUGUUAUCAAUCAUCGUCCACUCCCAUCCCUUUUGAGGCUGUUGACCCAUGAUGACAAUAACACUAUUAAGAAAAGUGCUUGUUGGACUAUAUCAAACAUUGUAGUUGGAAACAAAGAGCACAUACAGACUGUUAUUGAUGCUGGUCUGAUUACUCCCAUGGUCAAUCUUUAUAAAAAUGCGGAGUCUGACACUAAAAAAGAAAUUGCAUGGGCACUUUCUAAUGCUGCAUCUAGCGCUACCAAUAAGCAAAUCAUGUACUUGGGGAGCUUGGAUUACAUUAAGCCUUUGUGUGAUUUUCUUGUUGGCCCUGAUCCAACACUUGUUACUGCCUGUUUAGAAGGUCUUGAGAAUUUUCUAAGGGUUGGAGAAGCGGAGAAAAGCUCAGGUAAUAACACGAGAUAUGCCAACUUGUAUGCUAAGAUGAUAGAUGAGGUGGGGGUAUUGGAAAAGAUCAAGAACUUGCAGAGUCAUGAUGACAAAAAAAUUUCUGAGAAGGCUGUUGAAAUCGCCAAAAGCUUUGGAGGCAAUGACAUUCCAGUCCCAUCCGAUGGAAUCAACGACGGUUGA